AUGCGUUUCAGACUCGAGCGCCCCGCCGUCUUCCAAACUGACUAUGUCGACGUAUCUACUGGGAAGGCGGCAUACACCUUGACAGCACAUCAUGCCACACGUUUUACGACACUAGACUUAGUCAAGCACUCUGAGAACCGCUUCAGCCAGAUCGCUAGUAUCUGUUGCCGAGAGCUACUCGCGGACACGAUCGAGUUGACGGACAUCGAGCUUCUGGCUACUGUCCCUACUAUCACACGCGCUGGGGAGAGUUACGCAGAGAUUAUAGGAGAGCGGACGACGAUCAAAGCGAAGAAGUACGUUAGAAAGGAGGGGAAGAGUAGGAUAUGGACGAUCAGGACGCCGACUGCCGCCACCUUCAUAUGGACCGCAGAUGACCGGGAGCUGAUUCUUCGCACUUCAGAUGGAAUCGAGGUCGCGUAUCUUCGACCUCCGAAGUAUGGAGAUGACCCAGCGACCGGAUUCCACACGAUCUUCCACAUCGAGGACGACGUCCUCGCGGACAUGGAUCAAAUCAUCGUGAGCGGCACUUAUCUGAAGUAUAAGAUGGACCACUCAGGGUCUACUGCGUCAGUCCAGAACACAUACAUGCCUGCAGUUGCAGUAUCUGCGUCGGGAUUGGUGCACACAUCAUCUGCUGCACCAUCGCAAUCUUAG